CCGAAGGACAGAUUCUCGCUUCCUGUGCUCGCUCCCGCCCCUCUCCUUCCCCACCUGCCACGUACGGGCCGGCCCGGGUCUGUGCGACUGGCCCGGCCCGUCUUUCUCUAGAGUUAUCUGUAUAAAACAUCCUGGAGUCUACCAUGAAUGGACAGUUGGACCUAAGUGGGAAGCUAAUUAUCAAAGCUCAACUUGGGGAGGAUAUUCGGCGAAUCCCCAUUCAUAAUGAAGAUAUUACUUAUGAUGAAUUAGUGUUAAUGAUGCAGCGAGUUUUCAGAGGAAAACUUCUGAGUAAUGAUGAAGUUACAAUAAAGUACAAAGAUGAAGAUGGAGAUCUUAUAACAAUUUUUGAUAGUUCUGACCUUUCUUUUGCAAUUCAGUGUAGUAGGAUACUGAAACUGACAUUAUUUGUUAAUGGCCAGCCAAGACCCCUUGAAUCAAGUCAAGUGAAAUAUCUCCGUCGAGAACUUGUAGAACUUCGAAAUAAAGUGAAUCGUUUAUUGGAUAGUUUGGAACCGCCUGGAGAACCAGGACCUUCCACCAGUAUUCCUGAAAAUGAUACAGUGGAUGGUAGGGAAGAAAAGCCUGCUGCUUCUGAUUCUUCUGGUAAACAGUCUACUCAAGUUAUGGCAGCGAGUAUGUCAGCUUUUGAUCCUUUGAAAAACCAGGAUGAAAUCAAUAAAAAUGUUAUGUCAGCAUUUGGCUUAACAGAUGAUCAGGUUUCAGGGCCGCCCAGUGCUCCAGCAGAAGAUCGUUCAGGAACUCCCGACAGCAUUGCUUCCUCCUCCUCAGCAGCUCACCCGCCAGGAGUUCAGGCACAGCAGCCUCCGUAUACGGGAGCUCAGGCACAAGCAGGUCAGAUUGAAGGUCAGAUGUACCAGCAGUACCAGCAGCAGGCUGGCUAUGGUGCACAGCAGCCUCAGGCUCCGCCCCAGCAGCCUCAGCAGUACGGUAUUCAGUAUUCAGCUAGCUAUAGUCAGCAGACUGGACCUCAACAACCUCAGCAGUUCCAGGGAUACGGCCAGCAAGCAACUUCCCAGGCACCAGCUCCUGCCUUUUCUGGUCAGCCUCAACAACUGUCUGCUCAACCACCACAGCAGUACCAGGCGAGCAGUUAUCAACAAACUUACACCACCCAAACUUCUCAGUCUGCUAACUACACUGUACCCCCUGCCUCUCAGCCUGGAAUGGCUCCAAGCCAACCCGGGGCUUAUCAGCCAAGACCAGGUUUUACUCCACCUCCAGGAAGUACCAUAGCCCCUCCUCCAAGCGGGCCUAACCCUUACGCACGCAAUCGUCCUGCCUUUAGUCAGGGCUAUACCCAGCCUGGACCUGGUUAUCGAUAAGGAGGUUCAGCUAUCCUGAUGAAAGUAGCUGUUUGCCUCCCAAGACUCCAAUACUAUUUUAUUUUAAUUUGUAUUGAAGUUCAGAAAUUUAAACAGCACAGCAUUUUUUUUAUGGUAUCAUUGAUGCUGUUAAUUGAAAGUAUAAUUUGCUGGAGCACAAAAAAAAAGACCAAAAUGAAAGUUUUUUUCCUCUCCUGCUUAAAAAUGUAGCAGCUUUCUAGUUAUCUUGGAACACUACUCUUACAUGUGUGUAAAGUGAUUGGCUUUCUAGCUUCUCUUGUCCAGAGGAUAUUAAAAUGCUAGGUUGAGGUUUAGUCAUCUUACUUGGCUUUUUACUGUUAACAUGAUGUACUACUAAAGUAGAACCCUUUGAGAAGAUGACUAGAUACUAUAUAUAAAAAAUGUAACAUUGAUAGGUUAAUAAAGGUGAUUGAAUCCA